AAUCGUCAUGGUGACAAUGAUUUGGUUAGAGAUGUGGAAAUGGGUAGGAGCGAAGGUUGUCAUAGUAGUUCUGAUGCUCAUUCUGAGAAAAACGAGGAGGGCUGUAUAGUAUCCUAGUUUAGUUUUGGAAAGGCUGAGUGUGAGGAAGGUUAUUCGCCCGUUGAUUAAGAUCCAGCAGAGAGAAGAGUGCUCAUAAUGCCUCUUCGACCGAAGAGAACCGACCAAACCGCUGGUGAAGACAAAAUAUCCAUCACCGAUUCUUUGGGAUCGUUGGAUCUUCCCCUGGGAGAACUUAAGAACUCCCGAAAGUACCUGCAAACUCAACGCCGAUAUUUCGAAAUCAUCAAGGAAUUGAAAGUUGAUGCCACUGAGAAGGCCCAAGAGCUUAUCCAAAGUCGAUCUCAGGCGCGGAAGAGGAUGGAAGAGGAGGAAGACCAGAAGAACAUGGCUCAUCGCCGACUAACGCACCAAAUCACAUUUGUGCUCGUGGUCCUGCUUUUCCUUCUCUACUUGAUCCUCAUCUUCUUGGCCUAUGUCUAUUACUAUCACGAGGAUGGUGCCCAAGAAGCUUUCUUCUACAUCUAAUGUCAGACCAGCAGCACCUUCGCUCCAUCCGUUGUUAAGGCUCGAUCGUCUACAGCCUUGUGUGCUGUUCGUAUGUGCUGAAGAUCCAAAUGGACAGGGGCCUAAUCCAAGCAAGAUUGUCCCUCUUAUCAAAGAUGACGACGGAUUACCAAAUCCUUCAUGACCUUAGUGCUCUCGUCCGCUCUUCCUCGUCGUUGCCAUUGUCCACCACUCCUCCUCCUCCUUCUUCUCAUCCUUCUCAUCCUCUUCUCCUCUUCCUCCCUUCUCUCAUUGCUCCACUUGCUAAUACCAGGGUGACGAAAACUGGGAACUACUCCUCCACGCGGCCCUAAAGUGUGCCGUUGAUUUCUUUACAUUUCCCCCUCCGUACCCACCAUUUCCUUUCUAGAACCCUUUUGGUGGUAAAUCUGAAGAGAGCGUGGAGCACCACCACUUCCAGCCGCCUUCUAGGCCUCUUGGGUUUAAAUGGAAAAGAAGUCGACUUGCUUUCGACGUCUUCCUCUCCUCCUUGAAAGAAUAGAUGUCAAUUUUCUGCCAACCCUUUUUGAAUGAAAAGAAAGCUGUAUGUACCCUAUUUGCAUCAACGCUACGCGAAUUGUGAAUGAUUUGACUUUUUCAAAAAUAAACUAAGCGAUUAAUCAUU